ACCACAUAACAAACGGAAAAUAAAGUCAAAAUUGAGUUCUGGAAAGAUAAAUCAAAACCUAUUGCAGUCAACGCGUGUGUCGAAUUGUUAAAAGCAAAUAUUGGUCUUUGCUGAAUUGUGAUUCCUUCUAUCAUGUUUGGAUCGAUGGAAAGGGACGACGAAGAAAGGGUCUAUGCUGAGUAUCGAGAGCGAUCUCGUAACCUAAGUCGAUUCGAUGCUAUCGAACCUCCACAAUUUGCAGGUCUAACCGGCUGUAUCUACCCCCUUCACAUAACUGAUGAAGUUCGCAGUUAUCUCAUUCCCCUCUGCAACCUUGCGUUAGACAAGUACAACACCGAGGAGGGUACCAAUUUUGUGUUUGUUGACAUUCUCAAGUCAACCCAUCAAGGUGUUGCUGGGACUAAUUAUUUUAUCACCUUUCAAGCAAAAUAUCCAUACGGCCCUCUUGUAACUUUCCAGGCCUAUGUUUUUGUCAAGUUGCCCUGUUAUGGAGGACAGCCUGUCGUCCAGUCAUGUGCUAUUAAGCCUACAUAAGUAACGCAUACACCAUGGUAAUAAUGUUGCAACAGUAGUGCUAUGCAUGCUUACAUAUUUAACUUUGGUUAUAUUUUUUUUUAUAUUCUACUUGAUUAUGGUAUUUGGAAUGUGCUUCAGCCUUUUUUUUUUCAUUCUUGGCAAAUAUUAGAAACCAGCAUUGGGCCUGGCAAUGGCAAUACUAAGUUUCAAAAGAGAUUGGAAUUUGUUGUUAAAUAACUCAUUUUUGUUGUUUGUACUGACACUGUUAUUUGACACUAUACGGACUCUGAUAUGUCAACAUAGAUAAUAAUUUAAAGAAAAAAAAAAGAGUAAACUGAAUGUUCAUGGAUGUCAUGCCAUGCCAACACUGUUGGACACCGGACACGCUUUUGUUGAGAGGUGUGGUGUUCGUGAAUAAUACAACAGUAGUUCCUUUUUACUUGAACCAGAAAGUGCCAGAGGUGUGUGCGAAAUGAAGGCACCUACCUCACUAUGAGCCAAUGAAUAUACUAAAUUGAAAGAAGAUAUUUAAUAUUAUUGUGUAUAAGUUAGAGAUAAGCUUCACUACAAAUUAACCAAGCAUGGCCUGCAAAUCACACCCUCAAACAGAAGAAGACCAUAUUGUUCUGUACUUUUAUUCUUUGGCACCAAAUUCCCAUAACUUAUUAACUUCUCCUCCUAAUUAAGGUUCAGUUGGCUAAACCUAUAAUACUUCAACAUCCAGUCAAUGACAAUUACCAGUGUAGCAACCUUGGAGCUCUAGGCCACUACUUGAGUUGAGUUACCAGCAUAGCCAACUACCUGCACCUCCAACACAAUGGCCCAGUUUGCCUUCACAGCCUU